AGGAGAGAGAGUGGAGGGGAGAAGAGAAGGAGAGACAGAGAAUCACACAGGAGCUGCUGGUCAGUGCAGUGAUGCUGCUGCAGCAGAGAGGAGAGGGGCUGCAAAGGAAUGAACAAUAACAGACCAAACAGGGAGAACAUGGAAUGUUGUGGUGGAAUGCAGAAUGUUGUGGAGGAAUGCAGAAUGUGGGAUUGUCUGGAACGGACAUCAUUAAUGACAUGAAGACAAGUAUGGAGUGAGCCGAGGCAGUGUUGGACCGUGACAGUGUUUCCCUGGGUAUCUAGUUCCGUGACUGUCACUGUAACAGUGAGUCCCAGACGGAGGGGAGAUGUAUGCCUUCUACUCCCUGCUAGUUUACAUCUUCUACACUGUCUUCAAGAAGGAGGAGGAAGAAUCCCUGGGAGCUGCUCAGGGCGGAGCCUCAGCGGAGCCAGGACGUGUUUCCAUGGAAACAAGGAGCAGGAGGAUAAAAGGCCACACCCCCAGGAAGGAGAGGAAGAAAAGGGGGCGUGGCAGCAGGUUGAGUGACUCCAGCAGUAGCAGUGAUAGUGACGGCCUGUCCCUGAGUGAUGAAGAUGAUGGUGGAGGUGGUGAAGUGCCUGAUAUCCCAGCAUGCACUCCUCUGGGUGCCUUCCUGUCCUUUAAACAAGAGAACGAGAAAAGGAGGGAGGUCCAGGUGCAGCUGGAGACGGCAGGAAAGUUGAUGUCUGAGUCUCCCUUGGUGGCGGUGAUGUCCCACUUGCUGAGUUUUCUGGAGCAGUACUCCCACCUCCAGCAGCUGCAGCAGCAGGCUGAUCAGUACCGGGUCCAGCUGAAGAGGCACCGGGCCCAGCACCGCCGCCAGAUGAAGACCCUGAGGACAUCGUACCGUCAGAGGCUGAGAGAUAAGAACAGCGUCAUCGACAGCCUGGAGGAGGUCAUCACCACCCAGCAAUACACACCGAGCACCCCUGGGAGCGACGGUGAGUGUGGUGCUGAUGUCCCUGGUGCCGGGGCAGGGCUCCACAGGCUGGUAGAGUCUCUGUAUGGACUACAGGGAGAGAAGAGCCAGCUGAGGGGAGAACUACGGCUGCUGCACUCCCAACUGGAGCAGAGAGAACAGGACCGACACUCACGAGUACAGGUCUUCCAACAUCAGAUCGACGAACUGAAGAGCUGCAUUGAGGAGCGGGAGGAGGAGCUGUCCAGACUGAGAACGGACUCUGGAGCCACAGACUCGGAGAAGCGGGUUGUCUGUCUGUCAGCGGAGAACGAGAGUCUGAAACAGAGUCUGACUGUCACCCAGGGCCUCCUGCAGCAGCUCUCUGUCAUCCCCUCCCAGUCCAGCUCUGUACUCAUCAAGGAGAAUGAGAACCUGCGCAGCCGGGUGCAGCACCUGGAGAGUUCCCUGCAGCAGAGGGCUGAUCAGCUGUCUCACCUGGAGCGACAGAGCGAACAAAGCGAGUGGAGGAGAGGAGAGGAGCAGAGGAGAAGAGAGGAGAGAGUGAGGGAGCUGCAGCUAGAGCUGGAUAAAGAGAGGGCCAAAGAGCCACAGGUCAAGAUUGUUACUCAAACUGUGGAGGUGGAGUCACCGGCGACGCUGAGGCAGUUGGCUGAGGCCAGAGAGAGGAACGAGCAGCUUUCAGAGAAACUGACCAAUCAGAAUGAGAAGUGCAGACAACUGGAGGAGCACAUCAGGAAGUCAGAUGAAUUCAGCUGUAACCUGCAACACAAGAUUGCAGCGUACGAGCGGGAGAUCAGUGUACUACAGGAGGAACUGCUGAAGGAGAUAGGUCACCUGGAGGAGAAGAAGGAGGAGGCUGUAAAGGCUGCAGCGACCUGCUCCGUAGAACACUUCCAGAGCCUGCAGGACCAGUUCUUUAACCUGCAGAAGCGUCUGACAGCGCUCCCUCCGACCCUGCGCACCAUGAAGACAGACUAUGCCAGCCUGAGGAGCCAGGUCCGCAACUUCUCCGACUUCUACGGAGCAGCCAUCACCGACGCCAAGAAACAGAUAUCAGCAGCUAUGAGUGAGAUGUCGGAGGCCAACAAGGACCUCCUGGAGAAGUACAGGAAGGAGGUGGCACUGCGGAGGAAGUACCACGAGCAGCUGGUCGAGCUCAAAGGCAACAUCCGUGUGCUGUGCCGUGUGAAGCCGGUUCUGAAGGAGGACCAGCAUGAGGAGGGCCAAUCGGUGGUGGUAACCACGGACCCCAACAACGAAUCAGCUCUCUCCGUGCUGAAAGGGCAGGGCCGAAGCCAUGACUUUGAACUGGACCGUGUCUUCCACCCUCAGGCCACUCAGGAAGAGGUCUUCCAGGAGAUCGAGCCUCUUGUGACAUCCUGUAUAGAUGGAUAUCACGUCUGCAUCUUUGCCUAUGGGCAGACUGGCUCUGGGAAGACCUACACCAUGGAGGGCAGCACAGAGAACCCAGGCAUCAACCAGCGUGCUCUGAAACACCUGUUUAGUGAGAUAGAGGACAGGAAGGACAUGUGGACGUACACCGUGACUGUCAGCUCUGUGGAGAUCUACAACGAGGUGCUCAGAGACCUGCUGAGUAAGGAUGGAGAGAAGCUGGACAUUAAGAUCAACCCAGACGGAACAGGACAGCUGCACGUCCCUGGACUCCGGCUCAUAGAGGUCAAGAGCUUCCAACACAUCAAGAAACUUCUGGCGCAGGCGCGUCGUAACAGGAUCACCUUCGGGACCCAGAUGAACCAGCACAGCUCUCGUUCUCAUGCCCUCCUCAUGAUCACUGUGCUGGGGACUGACCUGGCCAGCGGGGCCAAGACCACAGGCAAGUUGAACCUGGUGGACCUGGCUGGCUCUGAGAGGGUCUGGAAGUCAGGAGCUGAGGGAGAGAGGCUGAAGGAGGCCCAGAACAUCAACCGCUCCCUGCUGGCUCUGGGGGACGUUAUCCAGGCUCUGAGGGGGAAGGAGAAACACAUCCCCUUCAGAAACAGUCGCCUCACAUACCUGCUGCAGGACUCACUGGGCAAGGGCAACAAGACGGCCAUGGUGGUGCAGGUGUCUGCUCUGGAGAGUAACGUGGGAGAGACCAUGUGUUCUCUGAAGUUUGCUGAGAGGGUUUGUAAGGUGGAGCUGGGGCCUGCGGCCAGGAAGAUACAGAGAGGAGGGGGAAGCCAUCAGUGUGACUAGAACUCCCCUUCCUGAAGUCAUCCAACUUCCUGUUCCCAUGGACGACCAGGACUCCAGGGUCUCAACAGACACGCAGCCAACCAAAUACAUCAACAAGCAAUAACAACAACAAACAACCCCCUCUGCCCAGUCAGCCAGUCAGUCUAUCAGUUCACCAGUCAGUCUAUCAGUUCACCAGUCAGCCAGCCAGUCAGUCAGCCAGUCAGUCUAUCAGUUCACCAGUCAGCCAGUCAGUCUAUCAGUUCACCAGUCAGCCAGUCAGUCUAUCAGUUCACCAGUCAGCCAGUCAGUCUAUCAGUUCACCAGUCAGCCUAUCAGUUCACCAGUCAGCCAGUCAGCCAGCCAGUCAGUCAAACUAUCAGUCUGUUUGUCAGUCAGUCAGUAUAAAAGCUACCAGGUGUGUAUUCAGUGAGAUUAAAUAUUGAGAAUAUUGCAGAUUCUCUAGUCUACCGAUCAUAAUGUCUGUUCAUGUCAUGCACAGGAGGUUGGUGGCACCUUAAUUGGGGAGAACACAUGGUUUCCAGGUGUUUGAUGCCAUUCCAUUCGCUCCGUUUCGGACCUUAUUAUGAGCCGUCCUCCCCUCAGCAGCCUCCUGUGAUGUCAUGUCUGUUGAACGUUCUGUAACGUUACAUCCUCCUGAACAGACCCCAGCUGUAACGUUACAUCCUCCUGAACAGACCCCAGCUGUAACGUUACACUCUCCUGAACAGACCCCAGCUGUAACGUUACAUCCUCCUGAACAGACCCCAGCUGUAACGUUACAUCCUCCUGAACAGACCCCAGCUGUAACGUUACAUCCUCCUGAACAGACCCCAGCUGUAACGUUACAUCCUCCUGAACAGACCCCAGCUGUAACGUUACACUCUCCUGAACAGACCCCAGCUGUAACGUUACACUCUCCUGAACAGACCCCAGCUGUAACGUUACACCCUCCUGAACAGACCCCAGCUGUAACGUUACACUCUCCUGAACAGACCCCAGCUGUAACGUUACAUCCUCCUGAACAGACCCCAGCUGUAACGUUACACUCUCCUGAACAGACCCCAGCUGUAACGUUACACCCUCCUGAACAGACCCCAGCUGAGUCUAAAAUUAUCCUGAUAAAGAAGGGCUAUGACUUGAGGUCUCCGUGACAACGUCAUCAGGAUAACAGAUAAGAUUGAAGGGAUAGGAUGUCUCUACUGUCUCCCGUCUGCUCCUGUUCAGAUAAGAAGUCUCUACGGUCUCCUGUCUGCUCCUGUUCAGAUAAGAAGUCUCUACGGUCUCCUGUCUGCUCCUGUUCAGAUAAGAAGUCUCUACGGUCUCCUGUCUGCUCCUGUUCAGAUAAGAAGUCUCUACGGUCUCCUGUCUGCUUCUGUUCAGAUAAGAAGUCUCUACGGUCUCCUGUCUGCUUCUGUUCAGAUAAGAAGUCUCUACUGUCUCCUGUCUGCUCCUGUUCAGAUAAGAAGUCUCUACUGUCUCCUGUCUGCUCCUGUUCAGAUAAGAAGUCUCUACGGUCUCCUCUCUGCUGCUGUUCAGAUAAGAAGUCUCUACGGUCUCCUGUCUGCUGCUGUUCAGAUAAGAAGUCUCUACGGUCUCCUGUCUGCUGCUGUUCAGAAAAGGCCCGUGUCAUCAGCUCAUCUGCAUGAUGCACCAACCAGUAUGACAUCAUCAUCAACAACACACUAACCCGAGUGCCAAGACAACCUCUACCUUUGAAACGUCCUACUAGAACCACAACUAAACAAAAAAUGCUGUUUCCUUUGACUGAAUUGCCAUGAGUUCUUCAUCAGGGGUUGUAUGUUUCAAGCAUCUCAGAAUAUGAGUGUUGGUCUAGGAUCAGGAAGUCCCUGUAGUUAUUAUAACCGUCUUCAUUAUGACCUGAGAGGCAAAACUGAUCCUAGAUCAGCACUUCUACUCAGAGACAUUUUGGGAAUACAGGCCUUGAAUGCUAUUUCCACCAUCACAAUGCUUAGAGAUGUUGCACCUUAAUGAAAUAUGUUCUCUAAGAGAGGAGUGUCACAGUAGAUACACAUCUGUGCUGUUCUAUUCUUACAGUAUUAAUUAUCAAGCUAUAUCUUCUAUAUGAUAACACGUGAGCUUCUUUGAUUCCAAUAUAGACAUGGCCUAUCUUAAAAAGGUACUGUAGUGUGUAGGAUCAAUCUGAGUUUUGUGUAAGUGAUGGAUUGGGCUGUACUAGCUCUGGUCCAGGGUGUUAGUACAGCUACCUUCAGGUAGUCUCUGGUCCAGGGUGUUAGUACAGCUACCUUCAGGUAGUCUCUGGUCCAGGGUGUUAGUACAGCUACCUUCAGGUAGUCUCUGGUCCAGAGUGUUAGUGUGGCCUGCUGAAGUCUCAGCAGGGGGCAUGUUACCUCCAUGGACCAGAGUGAAGGCUAUACCAACUUUCAAUGAUGACCUAUAUCACAAAAUGUGUCAUUAUUGUGAAGUUGGAAAAAGCGGUUUGUGGGUGUUAUCGUAUCUCUCUCAUACGGCCUAAUUCACUGGCUUUCAGUGAAGUGAGCAAUUACCUCUUUGCGUCCCAAAUGUUACCCUGUUCCCUAUAUAGUACCCUACUUCUGACCAGAACCCUAUGGGCCCAGGGGUGCUAUUUGGAACGCAGACGGAGAGUGAAGUAGGUAGCUAGCCCUGUGUGACAAUAUGAUAAAUAACAAAGUGCUGUUAUAAUAUGUGCAAUGCAGAUGUAGGAUGUUAGAUCACCCUGUUGCAGGAGAACCAUCCUGCAAUGCAGAUGUAGGAUGUUAGAUCACCCUGUUGCAGGAGAACCAUCCUGCAAUGCAGAUGUAGGAUCUUAGAUCACCCUGUUGCAGGAGAACCAUCCUGCAAUGCAGAUGUAGGAUCUUAGAUCACCCUGUUGCAAGAGAACCAUCCUGCAACGUAGGAAACAUAAAACUUGUAAUGUAUUUGUCAUUUCCAUUCAUGACUUGAUUUUCCAUUAUGAGCAAUGUAAUCAACCCUUACAAAAAAAAAGUCCAUUAAUUAUAAUCCACCGAAUAAUUCACAUCUCCUGUUGCUACAGGAUUAUUUUCCUGCUGUAGCAACCUGGCUCAAAUUAAGAUCCUACAUCUGUAGCCUCCUUUGAUAGAGAAACUUGGUGUGUUUCGGGGACUGGUGGGAAGCACUUUGUGCUUUUCAGGCCAAUUUAGGUGCUUUAGAUGUAUAAUUACUGAAAUAUCAUCAUACCAAAAAUGUCUUUGUUCAUUGUAGUCUGUUUUCCAUCGUAGUUGAACCCGACAGUAAACUGUUGGGUUAAUAGUAUAUUUUAUGUCAAUAGAGUAGCAAUGCAUUUCCUGUUGCAGUAACUUAUUAUACAAGUGGAUUAGGGUCACUUUACAAUCUGAUUGGUUAAGGAUCAGUUUUCAGCUGAUUUUCAAAAUAAAUUUGGAAUGAAAAUAAAAUGUGGGGGAACUCCU